AUGUCAGGUAAGGCAUGCUACGAUGAUCCCAAACCUGCCUUAACAGGAGACUGUUGGCCCAGCUUUUACUGUGGAGUGGGAUCACAGCUUGGCAGAGCUAACGCACAUGGCAAAGUGACUUGGCUUUCAGUAGUUUCAGGUCCUAAUCCAACGGCAGCCUUUCGUCCUCUGUUCUCGGGAAGGGUCUCCUUCAGGUCGCCCAUCCCCGGUCAAGUGCGGGAAGCCUUCGGCCGCGUGCGGCAGCGUGCAAAUUGCGGUCUGUUUGCCGAAGGACUGGCCUGGGCAUCUCUAGAUGACAUUUUGUAUUUAUGGGACUACUCGGACUUUUCUCCGAGCGUCCACUCAGUCCCUGCAGAUUCUGCGAUCAUCUCGGUUGCUCUAUGCCCGGCCAGAUCAGAACUUUUUGAGAUGCAGCAGCCGCGCUGGGUGCUGGUUAUUGCCACUAGGCUUUCCGUUAGCCUUGUUGGCAUGAAUUUUGUUCGAGGUGUCGUGCAAACAUCACCAGAUGCCCCAAAAGCCAGUGUUUCACUGAGCGACUGGACCUCAUCCAGAACAGGGGCACCUAAGUCAAUCCAAAGCCAAAGCAGCUUGCAAUUUGUACCCUUGCAGGGCUUUCGUGCCUUCUGCGAGGGUGCACUGUUUCAUUCCAUUCAUUCUUCUAGCGGUGGGCGCAUUUUUCUCCUAUCCGGUGCGCCACACAUCUACGAGCUUAUUUGCUCGCAAACUGCCUGGUAUCGGUCGAAGUGCAGACUGGUUCGGCACUCCGUGGGACAAGGUUGGUGGCACAAACCGAAGCCCGGCCGCUUGCGGCUGCUGUCUUGCGGUCCGGCAGGCUAUGUCCUGACAUGUGAUGACGUCGGAACGCUGCGGAUGUUCUGGGCGACAGACUGUGUGGGAGGUGAAGUCGCCUCCUCUCUGGAAGAGCUUGGCUCCUUGAGUGCAGCAACUCUUGCGGAGCAGGUGCGCGCGAUUACACGAGGCACUCUGGCUUCUGGCACCAUGACUCACUUAGUGUGCUGGAUGGGCUCGAACGGCCAGCUUCUGCUGGAUGCCACAACACUUGCCGGAGAGCGACUUCACUUUGUCUGCUCUGUCACAGACCCUACCACAGGAGCGUGCAAAUACGGCUUCUGGCUUCAGCACCUUGCAAGCUCCUGGUCUUCCUCGCGACCAAGCUCUGAGACACGAAGUGCACGAAUGUCCUGCCUGGAGGAGCAUCUAGAUCCAUGCUGCUUUGUACCUGGAGCUGACGGUCCCAGUGCAUCCACUCUGGGGUCUAUUUGGCUGUGUGCAGCCUUGCGACGUGCCGGUGCAUCGGCAUCAGAUCUGGCAGUGUCAGUGCGCUUGAACGGCCUACCGCACGAUCGCUUUGAGCCUGUGAGUUCCGGCCAGGCAGUGGAGAUGCAGGGCAAGCUGAGUUUCGAUGCUCCGGUGCUUGCCAUUGCGCAAGAGCAGACGCAAUCCAACUGCCACAAGUUUGCGAUCCUUCUGGCAGAUCGCGUGCAGACGGCCUUCGCCGCAAAGCGGGCUCCGCAGGACGCAGCGGAGUGCUGCAUCUUUCUGCAGUCGCUGUCCUCCGGCAGCCGGGUCGAGUACGUGCCGUUCUCAGCGCGUUCACUGAAGUCUACUCGCUGGGAUUGGUGUUGGAGCCUGGACGAUGCCCGGUUUCCGAGCUUUGAGGAACAAAGACGCGCACAACUUCUCAACCAGGCAGUUCCAAAGAUGAUCUUGGGUCGCUGGUCUUCUGGUUUCCUGCGAUUCCUGUCGGAGAAAUUGCGAGCAGUGUGGACUCGACCGCUGCUUGUGGAGCCCGCCAAUGCAGUUGACGUGUCCUCGCUUGGCAGCAUGUGCCGCAAGAGACGAAGGUGCUCUUCUGGCCCAGUCGUUGCAAUCAGUGAAAUGGCUGCUAAAAAGAUCUCCUCGCAGCUUGACCCUGUUCUUCGCUUCGUGUCGAAGGGACUUUCGCGUAACGCCAACGAGCAGGUACCACUUGGUACGCCGUGCUCUGCAGCUACGCGAGCUCAGCUUUAUGUGCAGCGUACCGAAGCUUCAUCUGUGCCGCCGCUUGGUGACUCGGCAAGCUCCCGUGUCAAAAGGGCCAUGCUGGAACUCUUGGACGUGAUGGAUCGGACCCGGCAAGUGCUGGGCUUGAUUACAAUCCUGCAGAGAUCCGGAUGUGUGCAAGCUGUGCUUGCAAGCACUCAAUUGCAAGAGACGGAGUCAACGGCCAGCGCUACCGGGUCCGCAGCAGGGGCUGCUGAGGUCUUGCCGAUGACUGCAGCAUCCAUACUGCUGACUCGAUCAUUGCGAGACCUGGUGGUGUCACCACAAGCACUCUGGCCUGCUGUUCAGCUGUGCACGGCUCUCAUCCUUCAGGUUGUCCAUGGGCACGCUCGUGGAUUUGCAGAGGUGGAAGGGCUUCCACAUGGUCCAGAAGCAGACGGGAUUUGCAAGGAGUUGCAGGACUGCUGUCCAGCAAUUUUCUCCCAGGUCGAGCUCAAGAGAUGCUUGAAGUCUGACACCGAGCAGCUGAAGCAGCCUCCGGUCGCUGGGCAAGCAACAUGCGUGCUGCGAAGGUACGCGAGCUCCUUGCCAGCGGGAACUCCUGCGACAUCUGCUUCGCAGUGGCAGCUCCUUUGCAGGGGCAUUCGAUCUAUAGCAUCAGAGGAUCCGUGCAUGGCUGCAGAGCUGUGUGCAGAGCGCCUGUGCAAGCUGGCGGAGUCAACGUGGGCAGAAAUGGGUGAGCGCUGUCGUGAUCUUAUUUCGUCACUGCUCGACUCCAUGAGCCUGGAGAAGCCUGAAAAGGCUGCUUCAGCACUGGAGACCUUCCUCAGGAGGACUCGCUCAGUUGCCUGCGGUUUGCCAGGGUACGAGAAGGAGCCCCUAUUCCAUCACAUGGCGUUCGAUCACCUGUUGAGCGUGCCACGGCUGCACAGCCUCUUGGAGGCGGUGCUGGGCACAGACGCCGCCAAUGUCAAGGCUUUACUUCAGCGGCGGUCUGCGAACAGCCGUGUGGCGUCGGAGCUGCUGUGGAGGUACUUCCAGCGCCAGGGCCACGAGAGACCGGCCUGGGCGCAGCUGCAGCGCCUGGUGGAGGCUCCAGAGCAGUUCUACAGCUUGAAAGAUCGCAUCAGAUACCUGCAGCUGGCGCAGGAACAGAAGAAAAAGGUUAGCUCUGCUUCUAUGCAAGAAGAGCUUGCGCUGCGCUUGGCGGCUGCUGAGAAGCUCCAAUACCCCUUGCUCCAGGAGCUGCAGUUCAUCGCCGGGGACGAGAGGCAAGAUGCCAGGUGGCGAGAAGCUGCGAAGAAGCGCUGCCUUGACUUGCAGCAUCUGCGCAGCGCCAGAGAACUUUACGAGGUGGCAGGAGAGUUUGGUCUUUGGCACCUGCAGCUCGGUGUUGCUGGCUUUUCAGGAGUCAAAAUGGCGCAUGAUGUGGCAACGACGCUGUGGCUCGGCUUGCUGUUUCCAACCAACGACAGCCCGUACAACUCUCCCAGCGAUAAGGUGAAAGCCUCGCCAGAUCUUCUCUUCCCUCUACUACUGCGGCCACAACAGCAGUUCUUCGUUUCCAAGCAAGAUCGUGUGGAGUGGAAGCUGAAGCCAUUGCUGCUCCGUGACCGCGUCUUGACAUUCCUCAAAGAGUUGAGGGAGGUGGCUCCUGCCAGUCACCAGCUUUGGCACGUACGUGGAAUCGCCACGCUUCUCGAGUUCAGCAGCUGUUUGUGGCUGAACGGUUUGCAGAAGGUUGGCGCUAUAGAGCCGCCCAGAAGUGGCCAAGAGCAAGGUGGUGACGGUGCUGCGGGCUGCCCGCUCAUCGACGAGCAUCGCCUCUGGGUGGCCUUGGAGGUCUUGAUGCAAAAGCCGUUCUCAUUCUCCCUCUCCGAUCUCGUGACCUUUUACGCAGAAAUGAUUGCGCAGCUGGAUUCCUGGCAUGCGGACUUGCAGGAAACAAACGCAUUUUCGAAUGCCAGAAAGUGGGCCUGGCCCAGCGAUGAGGAUGUUCACCUACAUCUUUCGCAUGUUGCCAUUGUACUGCUCGCUGGUUGGCUCCGGGAGGCCGAGGCGACCUGCGACAGCGUCUCGGAGGCACCUUCCGCCGAGGCCGAAAGCGAUUUUGUUCGAGUUUGGCGUCGAUCAGCGGAUGGGCUUUUGUCAGGACUCUGCCUUCGCCUCAAUAACUCUCGCCACCACUCUGCCCAACGCUUGCUGGGAGAGGCGCUGCGAUUGGAGAAGAGCUGCCGCGUGCUCUUAGAUCGCGUAGUAUACCUGGGUCCGGAGAAGCACUUCCCCGUGCCAGAGGUGCAGAGCGCUGUGAGCGCAGCAGCAACUUAG